AUGGAACGUGAUAAGCCGGCGCUCGAGGAAACCGAUCAUGCGAAGCUCGUUCGGAUGCAGUUCCUGGCGCAUCGGGUGGCAGAUCAGAAGAGAGCCUUGGUUGAGUUGGAUGAGCGAAGGCAGAAGAUGCGCGAAGCCGAGCGUAUCACCAGCCGAUCAAAAGAAAAGAAGACUUACGUGUGCAUGGGCGAUUCUCUGUUUAUCCAAUGCCCAACACCGGUGAUGAUGGCGAUAUUAAAGGAUGACAGGAAAACAAUUGAGAAGACGAUCGAAGAUACGCGGCAGUAUAUCAAGGAGCAGGUCGAUGAUCUCUUGAAAUUAGAGGGGCGCGCCGACUUGUCUACGAGAGGCUUCAACCUGAAACCGAUUAAUGAAGAAGCG